UGACUUUCUUUUGAAGGUACCAUCUAUGCCAGAGGGGAUAACACAGGCUGAGCUUUUACAAUUUCCAUUAUUCACGAUAAUAAGUUACUGGUCGCAGUUGUAAAGGUACAUGUGUCGUUGGGUAGAUCAUCAGUUACGAGCCGCACAUAAAUUGGUGCAGACUACCAUUUUUCUCUGGAUUUGAUACAUAUAAUAAUUUCUCAAGUAGUAAUAACAUUUUCAGUGGACAUUAUAGUGAACACAGGCCUCUGUGGUAUACUUCCUCUCCAAGUCUUGGUUGACUAAUGGUUAUUACCUCAGGAUCAGUCAUAGAUUUGUGUAACACAGAUCCAUUAGAAGGCAAGAUGCCUGACUCGCCUAUCGACGCAGCAUUAGUGAAGCAUCCAUCGCAAUGUUCACCCAAUAUGGUGCAAGCAAAUAUGGUCGCUUCUCACCCUAGGCCAGUUUCCACAGGCUCCUCUACAGGAGCUCCCGCAUUGAACGGCGUGCCAUCUCCACAUCAUAGUACACCCUCACCGCCUGGACAAGUUAACGGGCAGGAGCUACCUCCUGCAUGCGGUGCACGGCAACUAAGUAAACUAAAACGCUUUCUGACCACGUUACAACAAUUUGGAAAUGAUAUAUCCCCUGAGAUUGGUGAGCGUGUACGAGGUCUGGUCAUGGGACUUGUGAACAACCACCUAACAGUUGAGGAAUUUCAUAAUAAAUUACAAGAAGCAACCAACUUUCCAUUAAGACCGUUUGUGAUCCCAUUUUUGAAGACAAAUUUACCGUUACUUCAACGUGAACUGAUGCAUUGCGCACGGAUGGCGAAAUUGACGCCUCAGCAGUACUACAUGCAGCACGAGAACCAGUUGCUCGACACAAAAACUUCACCAAUUGAGACAGAUCAAAUCCUUAUGGAUGUAAAUGAAAAUGGGAAAAGGAGAACUCCCGAAGGAAGGAUAUCUAAUGGACCUAAAGAUCUUCGAUCCGAUCGCAUCACAGACCAUCCGGCAGCAAAACGACGUUGUUCAGGCAGUCCAGCAUCGGGACACCAGAACGGUCCCCCAGGUAACCAUUUUCCACACAUGCCACCUCACCAAAUCCGCAUGGAAGAUUUGGCUCAUGCACGAGAAAUGCGAGACAUGAGGGAGCGUUUUGAAAGGGAACAUAACGAAAGGCAUCGGCAUUCCUCAUUUAGUAGUCGUGACCUCAACUACCCAGAUCAUCCAUAUUUUGAAGGGCGUGGAGAGGACGAUUGGAAGCAUGUGGAAACUAUGUUGGAAUGCAUUGUGGGAAUGGUUGACAAAACAAAACGAGCAAUCAAUAUGCUACGCCAGCGAAGUAUACAAGACCGAGAAGAACUUGCGUUGUGGGCCCGUCGCCAUGCAGAAGGCACGGAAAACGACAUAAAAAAACGGGUCGGGGACAUGAUGGCGCACACAUUCAGGCAGACAGAUGACCGAGUUUCAGAAGUUAAACGGCGGGCUGGUACGUCACGGAUUACAUUACAGAUGGAAGAGGCUGUAAAUGAGGUAAAACGGCAAGCUGUGACGGAGUUACAGAAAGCGGUACAGGCCGCAGAAUUAAAAGCUAAUGAGUUAGUAACGGCUGAAAGAGCUAAGUUAGAUCAUGCAGUGUUGGAUGCGAAGAGAGCAGCCACUGAAGAAGCCCUCAGUAUGAUCAAUUCACAGGAUAGCUCGAGUGAGAGCUGUUGGAAUUGUGGGCGGAAGGCAAAUGAAACUUGUAGUGGAUGUAACACUGCCCGCUAUUGCGGAUCAUUCUGCCAACACAAAGAUUGGGAGAACCACCACAAAAUGUGCGGUAAACUCGCAUCGCAGAACAACAGCACAGAAUCCUCUUCUAAUACUAAAACGGCCACAACACCCUCGCCCGUUGCCACCUCGCCGCCAAACAAAAAUUCCACCACAAGUGAUUUAAGCACAGCGAGCAAGUCUAGAUCGUCAUCACCCAGUUCAGCGCCAUCAGAGGCAAACCACUAGAUCUUGUGACUAACCUGACAGAUGCUCAGCAGAGAACAUUUAUUUCUACCAGUAAUAUUCCAACAUCAAGCUAGAACAAUUUGGAGUAUUCAACAUAUGGAUUGUAAACAGAAGACUAAAAGGAAAUGAAUGCAAUUGAAUAGAUUUGAUGGUACCAGGAAUUGGCCUCUUGUUUCUAGUACUGUAAUCGAUAAUAGGACAAUUUUGUUCAGCGCAGUUUUCACAUGAUUAGUAAUUUCUACCGGGAGAAUCAUUACGUAGAUGUUUUAUCAUGUAGAUCAGAAUUAAUGUAACAGUUAUAUGUUUGUUUUGUUUCUCCCUUUUAAAUUCCAUCCGUUUCAAUAUUUUCUUAAUUAGCUCAUGUGGAGUUUUCCUUUUCAAAAGCCUGCUUGAUUUUAAUUUCAUUUUUCUUACCGAACCUAACAAAAAAAGCUGUUUUUUGGGGUUUUUUUAUCCAAAUUAAGUUACAUAGGCAAGCCUAGGAAAAUAUUUUGAGACCUAUCAACUAUGCGUGACCCAUAAAGUGUGUAUGUAUAUAAAAUAUUGUAAAAUGAGUAUUGAUGUACAAAAUGUAGAAGAAAUAGCUUUGUUGUUAUGUUUAUUGAUAUGUGACCAAAUAGUGUCUAUGCUGCAACACAUCAUAUUUUCUACAUAUAAUCUUUACCAUUUGAAGUCACCCAUUGGGAUAACUAUAGUGUCCCCCACCCCAAAGCAAAAUGGAAUAGUCUGUUGGGCUGCAGGUGUGAGGUACAGCUGCCGUGAGUGUGUGUUUGCACAGCACAAAGAACGAUGAUGUCACACAGGACCCAUCAGCAUCAUCAUAAGAAACGAGUUGAAUUCAAUAAUAGGUUUACUAUUGGUCAAUUAAUUAUCUACUUUCUAAGUUAUAGAAAACUUAUCAUGUUAUUGCUCAUUGUAGCUAAGUGCUUAUAAUACGGUAUUCAAUGUGGUAAUCCCAUUUUUGGUAAGGUACAAUCGAUAAUGUAUUGUAACAUUAUACUAAUUAAAGGUGGUGUAGAUUAAAUUUGUGUAAUGCAGCCAGUAUUUCCAGAAUUUGUAUUUGAAUUUGGAACUAAAUUUUGUUCUUGAAUAAUAUAGGCAUGUUGCAAUCCCAUCUCCCUCCUGCCCCACCCCCUAAGUCAAUCUAUGAUUUACUUUUGUGAAAUGACUAAUGCACAGAAAGAUGAGAUGCUAUGACACUCCUAUAUCUCUUUCCCUCUUCCCCCACCCUUGAUCACAAAUAUUCAUUGCCCAAGUUGUUAAUGUUCAUAAUUUUAAUACAGAGUUUGUGUUUGUUCUUGGCUGGUAAUAGAGAUCAUUAAAUCAAAGGAAGUUAUAGAACCGAGAAGAAAACUAUAUUUGUUAGAUUUUUUUUGUAUAAUGAGAAUCGUAAAUGUAAAACAAUGCCUUAUUUUUGUAAAUAGAAAACCAGGUGUGUGCAAUAUACAUAUUUUUUUUAUUAUUAUUAUUUUUAAACUCGUCCACUCUUUGUUUAGUCAUCCUAAAUUUCUUUACUUUUCUUCAUAUUCAUAAAAUUGCAUUAUAAUGAUCUGAAUGACUUUCAUCAAUAAUGUAAAGACAUCAGCUAUGGACCAGGUGUAUAAUUCUUUUAAAAACUACUGAAGCGAAUCAACUGCGACAUUUAUAGUACACGUUCUGGUUCGGUCAUUCACUCUUGCUCAGUUGCUGUCUAUGACAGCUGUCGCUAAUGACAAUUUCUAUCUUCGUAAAUACUUUUUUAGAGAUAAAGUAGAAAGAAAAUUGUAUUCGUUUUUGUUUCUACUGGUAAUUGAGUUAUAUAUUUUUCAUAUAUUUAUCUGUUGUGAUAUUCAAAUUUUGUUAUACUUGUUGACCAGAUCAUUUGGGAUGGAAACACUCGUAGUGUUUACAAGUUUCUUUUUUUGAAUUUUUCGAUUUGAAAAACAAGUAUUUUGGGUCCCAAUUGGAUCUUAUAUUGGUGCUUAAAAAAGAUGGAAGGAAAUUCAUUAAUUCAAAUAAAAGCUUUAUGUGACAAGAAAA